GAAAAGACGAAGAGUAGAGUUGAUUCUGUAUCCAGCUAGAUUGACCGUGGACACUCCCGAGACUUGAGAUCCACGGAGUUCGCCAUGGCACCGCCUUUUCGAGCCGAUCAAGUCGGAUCGCUACUCCGUCCGCAGAGCCUGGUCGAGGCGAGGAAGAACUCGAAUCUCCAGGGCGCGCGACUCAGAAACGGCCCUGUCGCCCAAGAAGAGGACGAUGCCGCGGCAAAUCUCACUGCCGGUUCUUCCUCCAACGAAGCCGAUCCAAUAGAGGUCCUACGCACCGAGCAAGCAAAGGCCAUCAAAGACGUCGUCGGCGAGCAACUCUCGCGACACAUCCUGCCCAUCACCACGGGAGAAUAUGAGCGAGGGAUCUUCUACGGCAACUUCUUCGAGUCCCUCUCCGGCUUCGAGGUGCGGUACACGCCCAUGGCCGACUUCAAGGUCGACUUCCCCACGAAUCGCCCGUUGAUCAAAUGGGGCCUCCCCGGGCGCGAUGCGGGGUUCCCGACCUCGAACAAGGUCACGCUCGAGAGGUCCGCGUACCUGGACGACUGGUUGUAUCUCCGUAGCCUCCUGCCCGAGGAGCGGUGGAGGGAUGCGAAGAUGACGGUCCCGCCGCCGGGCUGGUGGCAUAUCCAGCUCAAGGAGCCCUUUGACCGCAGCCUGUAUGAGAACGAUGAGGCGCUGUUACGGGACCUGAGCGCCGCAGUCAGGAAAGAGAUCUUGACGCUGUACGAGCAUGGCUUGAGGGUCGUGCAGGUGGAUGAUCCCAAUCUCUCGUUCUUCUGCGACGAGGAGUGGAUCCAGGCGUGCCAAAAGGAAGGCGUCGACCUCGAGCGGCUGCUCGAGCUGUAUAUCACGUCCCACAACGACGCCAUCAAGGACUUGCCCUCGGACCUCCAUGUCGGAAUCCACAUCUGUCGCGGAAACUUCCCCAACGGCGUCGGCCUCGCCAGUGGCAGUUACGAGCGGAUCGCGAGGAAGCUGUUCAACGAGACCGGCUACAAGUUGUUUUAUCUCGAGUUCGACAGUCCCCGGGCCGGCGAUUUCACGCCUCUCAAGUACCUGCCGUCAGACAAGGCGGUGGUCUUGGGCGUGGUGACGACCAAAUCCGCAGAGAUGGAGGAUCUGGACGAACUGAAGAAACGCGUCUAUCAGGCCGCGGACGUGGUGGCGGAGGGCCAGGGGAAUGGAAGGACAAGAGAAGACGCGCUCCGCGACAACCUCGCAGUGUCCCCUCAAUGUGGCUUCGCGAGCGACCAUUCUGAAGGAGGAGUCGGGAUGACCAGAGAGCGCAUGUGGGAGAAGCUGGGGCUGGUCAAGAGGCUAUCCGAGGAGAUCUGGCCGGGGUGGGAUAAAGAUCGGAAAUAGAAGGCCUUUAUCUCUCGGUAAGCAAUCUUGUAUGGUUCAAGCCCAGUAUGGGAAUCGGACUCUUGAGCCUACGCAAUGGAAAACUAGGAUGAGAAAAGAAACAAAAUUCAAGCAACUGCGGCACCCGAAG